AUGAAACCUGGUAAAAGUGCAGAACUAGAUCAAGUAAUGAUGAGGUGGUUUAAGUUGCGUGAAAGUGAAGGAGUCGACCUGUCAGGUGAUCUUGUGAAGGAACAAGCAAAACUAUUUCAUGAAGAACUCGGACUGGAACAUCAGUGCGAUUACAGUGAAGGAUGGUUGCAGCGUUUUAAGGAACGACAUGGCUUAAAAGUUUCGUGCAGUGUGGCGAAAAAAAGAUCAGCUGACAAGGAAGCAGCUGCAAAAUUUGUUGACGAGUUCACCAAGUUGGUCAGUGAUAAAAAUUUAAGUCCUGACCAGGUCUAUAACGCAGAUGAGACUGCACUCUUUUGGAAAUUUACACCCAAAAGAACACUGAAAUCGGAGGAUACAGAAUCGCCGACAGGUUAUAAAGCAUCGAAAGAUCGUGUUACUGUGCUGGGCUGCUCCAAUGCUGCAGGAACACACAGGUGUAAGUUGCUGGUCAUCGGUAAAAGUUUACGUCCUCGAGCUUUCAAAGGUAUGACACAUUUUCUUGUAAAUUACCGUGCCAAUAAAAAAGGUUGGAUAACAACUGAACUGUUAUUGGAUUGGUUUCAGAACUGCUUUGUCCCAGAAGCAAGAGUUCAUUGUGACUCUGUUGGCUUGGACCGUAACUGUAAGAUAAUGCUUAUUUUAGAUAACUGCUCCGCUCAUCCAAAAGCAGAACUCCUGGUAAAGAACAAUGUUUUCGGUAUCUAUCUUCCACCUAACUGCACUUCAUUGAUUCAACCCCUGGACAAUGGCAUAUUACGUUCAUUAAAGUCGAAAUAUCGCACACAUUUUAUGAGGCGCCUGCUGAGUGAAGUUAAUCCUGGGAAGCCUGUACGUGAGUUUAUUCGUGAAUAUAAUAUGAGAGAUGUGGUUUACUGUGUUGCUAAUGCUUGGAAAUCUGUAGAGCCAGCCACACUGAAACAUGGAUGGCACAAAUUGUGGCCAGGGUUAACAUAUGAGACAGCACCUGAUGAAGAUCGUGAACCAAACUUUAUAGGAAUUAGGCUUUCAAUCCUGCUGCGAAGGAUCUUGUAUCUAGACUGGAUGAAGAUAACAUUGAAGAAUGGAUGA